AUGAGGAUCGAAGCCUUACUCAUAGCCCUGGUGGCAGGCCAUGUCUCUAAUGUUCUUGCUUCAGGGCCUGCUUCUGCUGCCGCUUCAGUUACUAGUACCUCCACAAGCAAUGGGAUAAUAUUGGACUAUGGAACCUUGUUUGGCAAAAAUUCACCAGAUGGUACUGCAAAACUAUGGCUAGGUAUUCCAUAUGCUGCUCCUCCUGUGGGAGCUUUGAGAUUCAAGCCACCAGCCGCACCUCAAAAUCUGGGCAACUCAUUUCAAGCUACUUCUUUUGGAAACUGGUGUCCCCAAGACCCUGUACAGAGCAUCAUAAAUAUCGCAACACCAACACAAUCAGAGGAUUGCUUGACAUUAAAUGUUUAUGCACCAGUAAAUUCUUCUUCGAACUCAUCUCUGCCAGUAAUGGUCUUUAUACACGGAGGCUCUUACGAUUCAGGCAGUGGAGGAUCUGAAGAGUAUAAUGGAACAAACUUGAUCAAAAACAGUCCAACUCCUGUGAUUGUAGUCACCUUCAAUUACCGUUUGGGAGUUCUAGGAUAUCUGUCCAGUCAAGAACUUUUAGAUGAUGGAUCUACGAAUCCUGGCAUGCUUGACCAAGUCGCUGCAUUUACAUGGGUGAAGAAGUAUAUCGGAGCUUUUGGAGGUGAUUCAACACGUAUUACAGCAUUUGGUGAGAGCGCGGGAGCUCAAUCGAUCGGAGCUCAUCUGAUUUCGUACGGUGGCAACCAAACCAUCUUCGGGCGUGCUAUACUUGAAUCAGGAUCUACUCUAUCUGGACCACUGCCAAUGGCCAAUUCAGCCAAUUCAAAUACUGCCUUCAAUGCUAUUGCCUCUUACGUGAACUGCAACACAUCCACGAGCAAAGUCAAUUGCAUGAGAAAUGUUACGUGGCAGGCAAUGUACAAUGCGCAGUCAACGUAUCAGCAGACGUUGAACAGUGUUGUCCGUAUUGGCCUCUUUACCCCAGUCGUAGAUGGGAAAUACAUCCUGACCAAACCUACAGCUGCCGUUACUCAAGGUCUUUUCUCCAAAACACCAAUAAUGCUGGGUACAAAUUCACAGGAAGGCACGCUGUUUGUGCCUGGGAGUGUCGACCUUGCAGAGCAGUUCUACAACGCUUCUUAUGCACUAUCCUUGUUUGUGCAGAGCUUUUCAUCGGCUCUUCCAGCUGGCUCUGCCAAUACCGUGCUGUCUCUCUAUCCAGUCUCAUCAUACAACAACAGUGCUGUCCGAGCAGCAGGUGAUAUCUUUGCCGACUUAGCAUUCACGUGCCCAGCCAUGAACUUGUCUCGAGCCAUGACUGCCGCUGGAGUGCCCGUGUAUAAGUAUCGCUUCAACCAGCUCUUGCUACAAGCUCAAACUCUAUGGGCAAGAGAUGGAGUAUUCCAUUCAACAGAGCUUCCAUUUGUCUUUGCUACUGGCAUUGCACCGUCGGAGCUACCGCUCUCACAAACAAUAAUUGGAUUUUGGACACGUUUUGCAGCUACUGGUAAUCCCAACGGUGGAAAUGCAACGUGGCCAGUGUAUGCUGCAGGAGGACCUCAGAUUGUGCUUCAAUCGAGUACAUUACCCUCAUUGUCUACAGAAUCGGAUCCAUCAAAAGAUGCUCAGUGUGCUUUCUGGCAAUCACCUAGUAUUCAACCUCUUGUCGACCAUUAA